UUUUCUUGUUUCUUACCUCCGAGUAAUGGUUUAUAGUCUCUUAUAUUAUGUUCUCUUCUCAAACAAAAAACUAUAUAUGUUGAUGUCACCUAGCCAGCAAAUGUAGUAGUCGCCAGUCCGCUGUUUAGCGUCUGAGUCGGAAUAGCGGUGCUGCGGCGUUGUGAUCAGGACAGUGAUUGAUCAGGUCCGAAAAAUCUGGCUGUAGUUUGCAACUUCGCAGUUUGCCCGCGAGACUUGUUCUCAACUUCACUCUUUUUUCAAUUUAUUCCAGUCAUUCAUAAACCGCGAUUCGCCAGGACACACUUCACAGCAUGGGUAAGACACCAGGGUGCAUUUUGAGAGAGCGUGUUUGGAGGUAUCUUGUUUGACAAGCACCGCACGAAAUCAGCGUUUCUAUUGCUCAUUCGCGCUGUUUACUUAGUUGUCGAUGAAUGGCUACAGCUUUUGGCACAGCACCCUGUGUUCACAACCCCGCCGCCAAACGUGGGCACCGGGGAGGCGCAGCCAGGGGAGCAAGGAGAUUAGCAAUACGCAGCGAGCGGUGAUUCGCGGCACAGACCUGUUUGUAGCAGUAGGCAGCGAGGUGCGCUGGAUAAGUCUAAAGGCGUGCAAGGACGCAUACGUGCAGUUUGAGAGCACGCGGCUGGGGGUUGCGAGCAGCAUUGACGAAACGCAGUCCGACUACAAAGCUACAAGCCAGCAGGACGCGAUCCAGCACGUGCCCUGGUACCGGGUUCUGGGAUCGGCGCUGGGGUUUGAGAUCCGGCGGCUGGUGUGCAAUAAGAGCGGGAAGCUGCUGGCGGUGGUCGGACGGCGGCAGGUGGCGGUGGUGACGCUGCCAGGACCAGAGUCCCCCAACCGGGCGGGUGUCAAGGGGGCAUUUGCUGCAGCCCGAAUGGACAAGCCCAGCGACGAAUUCGACGGAGCGUGUGUGAGCUGCGCGUCCAAGAUUAUUGGCGGCACGGCAAUAGGCCGGCAGGGCGCACAGGCCGGCGAGGGGCGCGGCGCGCGCGUGGCCGAUGCGCUGUGGCAUUCGAUGUCAUCGUCGGACUCGCAUCUGGUGGUGCUGCUGAGCAGUGGCGUGGUCAAAGGUGUUUGAUGUGCUGGCAGGACGUCACAGUGGCAGAGCAGACGAUCUCGCUGGGCAGUGUGGCUGGCGUCAGCA